CAGUACUAAGCUAAGAACCAAAUUCAUCUCCUCCUCCUCUGUGCAAUGGCUCUCAAAGUCUAUACAACAAAUCUAGGAUUUCAAUGGAACCCAACACCCACAUUCUCACCCAUGUUCAAGACAAGAAAUCUUCGGUACAAAAGUACUAAGCUCUUCGACUCCUCCUAUAGCAGUAUUCGCAGAAAUGUUACUGUUAAUGGAUCUAAUGUUGUGGACGAGCAGCAACAGGUUUCAUUCAACGAACAAGAAAACAAGCUCAUUGAAGCGCUUAUUGGGAUCCAGGGCCGAGGCCGCUCUGCUUCUACUCAACAACUCAGUGAUGUUGAUCGUGCCGUGCAAGUUCUAGAAGGUUUUGAAGGCGUGCCUGAUCCGACAAGCUCUAGUUUGAUUGAAGGUCGGUGGCAACUGAUGUUUACAACUAGACCUCAAACAGCAUCUCCAAUUCAGAGAACGUUUGUGGGGGUUGACUUCUUUAGCGUGUUUCAAGAGGUUUACCUUCGGACGAAUGAUCCGCGUGUAUCCAAUAUCAUAAAAUUCUCUGAUGUAAUAGGUGAGCUGAAAGUAGAGGCAGCAGCAUCAAUUAAAGAUGGUAAACGAAUACUUUUCCAGUUUGAUCGAGCAGCCUUUUCUUUUAAGUUUUUACCCUUUAAGGUUCCAUAUCCAGUGCCUUUUAGACUUCUUGGAGAUGAAGCAAAGGGUUGGUUGGAUACCACGUACCUGUCCCCUUCUGGAGACCUCCGUGUCUCAAGAGGAAAUAAGGGCACCACAUUCGUCCUGCAAAAGAAGACUGUACCAAGGCAAAGAUUGAUAUCAGCCAUUUCCACGGGUACAGGAGUUAGAGAGGCAAUCGAUGAGUUUAUCUCCUUGCAUCAGAAUCUAAGUAGAGAUGAAACUGAACUCCAAGAAGGUGAAUGGCAAAUGAUAUGGAGUUCACAGAUAGAGACAGAUAGUUGGAUAGAGAAUGCUGCCAACGGUCUUAUGGGUAAGCAGAUUGUCAAGGAAAAUGGACAAAUAAAGUUUCUGGUUGACAUCUUCCUGGGGCUCAGAUUCUCCAUGCUUGGUAAAUUUGUGAAAUCUGGCAAAAACGUAUAUGAACUUACAAUGGACGAUGCUGUAAUACUUGGCGGCCCCUUUGGAUAUCCUAUAGAGAUGGAAAGCAAGUUUAACUUGGAGCUACUAUAUAGCGACGACAAGAUCAGAAUAAGCCGGGGGUACAACAACAUUGUUUUUGUGCAUUUAAGGACAGAUGGAUCGAGCAAGAAAUAAAACACAGUUUGGGUUUGACCAAAAGAAAGACAUGUAUUUAGAUUCAUCACGCUACUCUCUUGCUUACGCCAUAUGGAUGUCUUGUUUGUGAAGUGAAAUAUCAGGGUGAACAUGUUUGCUCUUACUGAUCCUAUGAAAUAAAUAAGUAUAUAUCCUUCUAUCGA